GCAUUAAGGUGCACGUGCGGCCGAUUAAUCGUUAAUGAUUGAUAGAGUAUGUCCACCUACGGCAAACACUCCCUCCGGCUAUUAUGAACAAGUUUGCCUAUUUUUCCGGUCAAAAGGGCAAAGAAGCAUCUGUUAUAAAAUGCUCAAGCAGUUUUUAUUAAUAUGUGUAGUUGCUGCAUUUUUGCCACGAUUUCUGACUUGGUAUUAUUCUGUUACCAUCAACCAACCAGAUGAAGAGUACGAUUUCAUAAUCGUUGGUGCCGGCACGACCGGAAAUGUGAUCGCAAACCGACUUACUGAAUCUUCAAACGUAAGAGUUUUAGUAGUGGAAGCCGGAGACGAUGCGUACCCAAACCCUCUCUUGUCCAUUCCACUGUUGGUCCCAUUCCUGCAGCAAACGUCCACAGACUGGAUGUACAGAAGCGAACCGCAACAACAUGCUUGCAAAAAACACGGCGACAGGGUCAGUUUGUGGCCGAGGGGUAAAGUGAUUGGGGGUUCAAGUUGUUACAAUUAUAUGAUGUACGUUCGUGGGGACAAACACGAUUAUGAUGAAUGGGCAGCAGAGGGCGCUAUUGGGUGGGAUUACAAGAAUAUUCUCCCUUUCUUUAAAAAGUCACAAAAUGUUGGAGACCCGGAAUUAUCAAAGGAAUACCACGGGACCAAAGGUUUUAUAAACACAGGAUAUUCCUACACCUCGCCUAUGGCAGAAACGUUUAUAAAGGCGGGACAGAAGAUCGGGUACGAAAGUGGAGACUACAACGCAGAAAACACGAUAGGCUUUCAUCGUCUGCAAUCCUCAAUACAUAAAGGGUUGCGUCAGAGUUCGAACGAAUACCUGGGUUCAAUCGUUCAAGAGAGAUCUGAUCGACUGCACAUUGUCGGCCGUGCUCACGUGCGCCAGAUAGUGUUCGAAGAUGGGGAGGACGGAAGAAAGCGAGCAUCGGGAGUAAUCUACGUCAGAGAUGACGUAGAGGUGAAAGUUAGAGCAAGGAAGGAAGUUAUAGUGAGCGGGGGUGCUGUGGGAAGUCCACAACUUCUCAUGUUAUCAGGGAUUGGACCCAAACAACAUCUUAACGAUAUGGGGAUAAAACUUGUUGCCGACCUGCCCGGCGUUGGACAAAACAUGCAAGAUCACGUCAUGGCAAUGGCUCCUUUCUAUGGCAGUAAGAUUCCAUCGAAAUCGACAAUCAAUGAUUUUACGCUGUUUACUGGACUCCCAGAUUACUUAAUGGGAAAUGAAGGACCAAUAGCGACAUCUGGAAUCGACGCUACUGCUUUCAUUCGAUCCCCAAUCACCAAGCGAAAAAGUCCGGAUGUACAGUUCAUACAACAAUCGGCAGAAUGGUCAACUCUAGGUUCCAGUUUAAAUCAAAAGAUAGUAAACAUUGGAGAGCAAGUCAUGGAAAAAAUGUACGAAACCGCUAAUGUUCGGGGCAGCAGAAUUAUUUACAACUUUGUUAUAUACAACGUACUCUUAAGACCCCGAAGCGUAGGAGAAAUCAAACUACGAACAAACAGUUACAAAGACCAUCCUAUCAUUCAACCGAACUACUUGUCUAAUCAAACAGAUGUAGAUACUAUGAUUGAAGGGUACAAGGUUCUAGAAAAGUUGGAACAGACAAAGCAUUUCGAAGACAUUGAAGCGAAGAUGGAUUUUUCAGCCAUGGGUUGUGGAGAUGCAACAGAACCACCAAGAUCAGCGGAGUUUUACGAGUGUGUAAUCCGGGCGAUUACAUUGAAUGUAUAUCAUGCAGUUGGAACAGCGAAGAUAGGAGCUCCGGAUGACGUCAUGGCGGUGGUGAAUCCCCGAUUACGAGUUUAUAAAGUGGAGGGUUUACGGGUGGCGGAUGCUUCAGUAAUGCCAAGUAUUCCAUCAGCAAACACGCAAGCUGCGUGUUACAUGAUCGGGGAGAAAGCAGCCGAUAUGAUCAAAGAAGAUUGGAAGCUUUAAACUUUAAGUGCUUUUUACAAAAUGUCAUUGCUACACAAGGACAACCUUGCAUCAUUACCGUGAAGUUGGGUGUUUUUUGAAGCAAUAUACACUUUCUUACUCUAUAAUUGAAUUAAACUUGUAAAAUUUUAAAGUAUGUUUGAUUAAAUUAAUCGUUAAUUAAACGCAAUAACUAUGCGGUUUUAA